UUUUGUCAAAACGAUUAAAACCGAUCUAUUUCAUCGCGUCAAAUUAUUAAUUAUUAAUUAUUAUUUUUUACUAUAUAUGUAUUAGUGUCUAAUAUUAUUUGUUGACUUCAAACUGAAUUUUCGGUCGCUUCGUGAACGAGACACGAGCAAGUUUGCGUUUUUCACGCAGAAAUUUCACCAACCUCGCGACUCGUCGUGCUGACGGAAUCCGAUUCAAUCGGUUAUAAUGUACAGAUAAUGAUAUCUCCACUUCCGUCAUACGACGAGCUACUAAAUAGCGCUUACGCAAACAUUAGUUUGAUCGCCGACAAGACCUGGACCUUCGAUCCCGAGGAUCCUUUCCGAAAGUUAAAUCACUCUCUUUGGAUUCAAAGUUGCGAAGUAAUCGCGAAGUACGAGGAAUAUGGUGAUUAUCGUCCAAGACUCGUUCGAGACGUCAUCUCCGAAUCGCGCUUGGCGAAAUACGGUAAUUACGAGUACGACGAGCAGCAUGAGAGAAUGUACAAGCCGGACGACGGUAAAUCGUCGGGUAGCGUGCCUUGCCACUUCCGUUCAGCUACGGAGACUGUGGAACCGUGGAUGCUUCCUGAAGUUCAAGAACACUUCGCCCGGUUAAUUUCGCCGAGUUGCACGCGAUCACAUCGGGAACCCUCAGCAAUACAAAUACUAAAGAGUAACACCGCGAGGAGGGAUAAUGAAACCGUUGCUUGCUUGAACUUCCAAUUGGACUGGAACGAGAGCUCGAAAAAGCGACGUCAAAAGACCAGUCCAAAAGGGACCAGAAAAAUUGGAUUGAGCGAUGAAUUACUUUCGACUUAUAAAUCUGACGAGGGCGGAAAAUUAAUCAGAAUAUUUGCCCGUCAUCGCCGAUACACCGCCGAGACUGCCGCGGAAAUGCAGCUGCAGUUCCGUAUCGAGAGCAACGCUGUGCGCGACAUAUGGAACUCUGAAAUGGUUCAACAGCAGCAGCAACAGCAGCAGCAACAGCAGCGAUACUAUCAGCAGAGCCAGCAAUCACGUACCAGACGACAGACGCAGCCUGUCACCCAACAUCAUCAGUUCUACUGCGCGUUGCAGUAUCAACCUUUGAUCAUGCGAGAAUAUCAGCGAAAACCGUUAUUAUCAUCUCCAUUACCACCACCGCCGCCGCCGGCACCGAUUCUGAGCGCCGAAGUGCCUGAAUUCUUCCCGAAGUCGAGCCUACCCUCGAUAGCAUAUAACUUGAAUAAUGACAAAGAGCGCAAGACUUGCCAGAUACGGUACUUCCCGUCGUUGAAUGACAGGAAUUACCAAAACGAGUUGUUUCCUUAUAACAGGCCGCAGCAGGAGACUGCGGCGACUGUCUUCCCAGUAAACAAUGCUAGAAUGUCAAUAUUAUCAGCGACAGAAACGAAUGUGUUUCGUUCGCCUCAAGAAUGGAUUCACAGAGUAGUACCACCAGUGCAAUUGCAGUUGACAGCAUCUUCCUCGUCACCACUAUCAAUCUGCACGCCGCUGCAACCAAUUCACGAUGCUGCAAUCGUCGGCCAUCGUCCUUUACAGAUGUACGAGAAAUUUUUACCUUGUACCCAGCCAAGUUCAACGACACCCAUACCUGUGUAUCAGCGACCGGUGGAACUGUAUCAGGAACCAAUGCUGAAGCGGAAGAAUCAAGGGGUCGACUUCAACAAUCUCAUACUACUAACAAAAAAUAGCAUCAAGACGCGACGAGGCCACUCGAAGCCCCCUGUUCAGCAGCCUUUCCUUCUGGAUUCCAGACAGAGUCUAAAAACUUCCAGUCACAAUGUGCAGGUGCAAUGGUUCGAUAGGGAUCACAGUGCGAAGAAAACGAAGGAGGUCGUGACCGUAAACGCACUCGUAUCUGAGCUACGCAGUUUUGAGGAGAAGUACGAAUACUGCAGAGGAGCCGAUACUAGCUGGAGAACGGUCGCCGAAUCAUCACGAGACCAGCAAAGGUUGUCUGAAACUUCGUUCAGGUUAAAGAAUGAAAUAUAUGGAAACGAGAGCUCAAGCUGUAGGUCAAAAGACAGAUUCUUUGGAAACGAGAGCUCAAGAUACAGAGCUUUAGACGCUGAAGAGGACAAGAACUCGAAGCGGCCGCUUUAUAGAGACGUUCUGGCGAAUGCCACGAACGAGGCGAUCUUAGAUAAUGUCUUCGAAAAGAGGUACGAUGAGCUUGAACAGCAAGCGAUGGAACAAUACAGAAAUUCGGAGGAGUCACUGGCGCUCAAAUAUCAGGAAUUGGAACGUCAAGCAAUGGAACAAUACAAAAAUAAUACAGGAGAUGAAAAGCGCUCGAUGGAUCAGGAUUGUGUUGAUGGACAGACAUGUUCGGAAUACGGACACUGCAGUCCCGUGAAAAGACAUGCAAGAAGAAAAAGUUCUUGUUUUCCGCAAAUCACUCUGUUAAAGCCGAAGGGUAAAUCCUUGCCAAAUGUCUGUCAUGGCAAUGACAGUAAUCAUCAAGCAACCAUCGCUUCAAGAAGUUUAUCCGCAUUGACUGAAUCGUCGAAGGAAUCGAAAAACAUAUGUAAGGGUGCAUCAGGAGAUAAAAUUGAUACGACUGCAUUGAAUUUCGAAAUGAAAUCUAUAUCAGCGCGAUUUGAGUUCUAUAAUCAGAAAAUGGUUUCAAAAUUAUUGAUUUUUGAAGUCUCAGUUCGAGCAUCGUCAAAACGGCGUCUGAUACUGAUGUCACCCUUCGAACGCAAAUCAGAGGCCAGACAAAUAAUGAAGGCGACGGAACUACGAAAUGUUUGCUCGUUCUCUCAAACAAGAAACAAUGUCCUCGAUUAUUAUCGGACUUCCGAAAUUGCCCAAAAUGGCAGCGGUGAUGAAAAUAUAACAAUUAUACAAUCACCUGGUACUGAAGUUUGGUUGUCCGGAUUCUGGACUACUUAAGAGCAACUUAACGAAUUUCCUUGGGAAAAAUUGAAAGACUAUCGAAGUUCCUUUGCCAAGACGACAUCGGUGGAUUGAACCGGAGAAAUUCUUCAGAAAUAAGAAGCAAGUCAUGACUUAUAAUAUAAUUAAUAUUAUAGGCAUAUAUGUAUUAUGAAUAUGUAUGUAUGUAUGAGAAGUAAGUUAUAGCGUAUUCAUGUGAUAUACGUAUAUUGAUAUAUAAUCGACAAGACAGUUUACAUAAAUCUUUACAACAGAUAAAUUAUUGCUUGUAAAUAGUGAUCAGACUAGCGAAAUGCAUUAAACAUGUCUAUCUGUUCAUAAGCACGUAUUAUAUAUUUUUUAUAUUAUAAAAUAUGCUAUAAAAAAGGUAACAAAUCUAAACUGGCUACAUUAUUCGAUUAUCCAAAGGAUAUAUGAUAUAAUCUAUCAAGAUCUAAGUAGAGUUAAAUCUUUUGGGAACGCAUCUUUGGAAAUUUUCAGUCUUUGUUUAACUCUUUGAGUCAUCUGUCAUGUAUGCAAUACAAAUAAAAUAGGGCAUUACAAAAUAUAGACAUAAAAAAAAAUCUUAUCAAAGGCUAUACUGUAAAAAAUAUUCCUUCUCUUUUCACGUAUAAACUCUGACUUUUACACAAAACACGUGUAUAUAUUUUUAUGUAACGUAUAGAAUAAUUUAAU